AUGAGUGGAGUGAAUGAAGAUGGUGAAUUAGACGGAGAUGAUCAAGUGCAUGGAGAGGAUGAAAUGGAUGAAGUGGAUGAAGAUGUUAUGAAGAAUAGUGAAUGCUUGGAGCAGUUUAGAAUGCGUGGUGAAUUGCCAACUGAAGACUUUCAAGGUAUUCCUUAUUGCACAACGCCGUUUGGAGCUUUGUUCAAUGUCACACCACCAUCACCAAUUUAUGAUGACUUUGGCAACAUCACGAAUGCUCCUGUCCCACGUGUUCUUAAGCCUGAAGAGAAGCAAGCCAGUACCAAAGAAGACUAUCAGCCUCAGGAUCGUGUCGAUCUUAGCUAUUGUGGUCCUGACGGUCUUACCAUCAAGCUCAAGUUCUUCGCCAAUAAUUUUGAACUCACUCCAGCCAAUAUCGAAAGUGAGAAUUCCGGCGAAGAUGACCCAACUGAUUCACAUCUCAUCAAGCUCUUUUGUGACCAUGGAGGAGAUGGCAAUAUUGAUGAAAUUCCCACCAUUGUCAAAUCCACUCCUUUUUUGAUAAAUUUGGCAAACAUAGUGAAGCACCUCUCAAGUUCAGACUCCAUCGAUAGAACCUCCAAGCCAAGAAUCUGA